AUGUCGCCCGCACCUCCAAAUCACGAAGAAAACCAGUACCUCAACCUCAUCCGCGAGAUUCUCCAGCAUGGCGAGCACCGACCCGAUCGCACCGGCACAGGCACAUACUCAAUCUUCGCACCGCCUCAAAUGAAGUUCUCCCUCUCCAAGCCCUCCGCCGACCCCGGCCAGCCACCAAUCCCCAUCCUCCCCCUCCUCACCACCAAACGCGUCUUCCUGCGCGCCGUCAUCGCAGAGCUCCUCUGGUUCAUCGCAGGCAGCACGUCCAGCAAACCAUUGUCGGAUCAAGGCAUCAAGAUCUGGGACGGCAACGGGAGUCGCGAAUUCCUCGACAGCGUCGGGCUGGCGCAUCACGCAGAGGGGGAUCUGGGUCCUGUGUAUGGCUUCCAGUGGCGGCAUUUCGGCGCAGAAUAUAAAGGCGCAGAUGCAGACUACACAGGGCAGGGCGUAGAUCAACUGGCCGAAGUCAUCGACAAGCUCAAACACAGACCGUACGACAGACGCAUCAUCCUCAGCGCCUGGAACCCGGCGGACCUGAAGAAGAUGGCCCUCCCGCCGUGCCACAUGUUCGCGCAAUUCUACGUGUCGUCCCCGCGGCCCAUCGUAAACGGCGUGGAGAAGCAAGAGAAGGAGAAACCGCGUGGCGUGCUACACUGCCUCCUCUACCAGCGCUCCUGCGACAUGGGCCUCGGCGUGCCGUUCAAUAUCGCCUCCUACGCGCUGCUGACGCAUAUGCUGGCGCAUGUGUGCGAUCUUACGCCUGGGACGUUCACGCACACGAUGGGGGACGCGCAUGUUUAUGUUGAUCAUGUGGAGGCGUUGAACGUGCAGUUGGAGCGGGAACCGAGAGAUUUCCCGGCGCUGGAGAUCAAGAAGGAUAAGGGGGGAAGCAUUGAUGGGUGGAUGGCGGAAGACUUUGUGGUUGUGGGAUACAAUCCGCACAAGACAAUCGCGAUGAAGAUGUCUGUAUGA